AUGGUAACGCAGCAGCGAAUGAUUUUGAAAUGGCUUUCGUUUAAGAGGCCCCAGGCGCAAGGGGAGCCGGCUUCAGAUGCAGAGACUUACCCCAAGUGGAAAAGACAUGACCGUGAUUCGUUGCCGUUCUGGCGUCGGCUUUUGUGCGCUCCUGAGGUUGGGGGUUAUAGCGCCCCUACAACCAACCUCAGUGAGGCUGAUACGUGUGUGUCCUCGCAAACUUUUGCAGGUGAAAUGGAGAUUGACGACAAUUGCGGACCAAAGCUCAAAAGUGUCUUUGCCGAACCACGGCGACAAUCGCGUUCACUUUCUCACGAUGGCUACCAACCCUUGGCCGCAGCGGACAAGUUUCGUAGCUGCCUUAAUAGCAAAGAGCAGUGUAGUAGUUUAGGGAGUUGUGCCCGGUGGGUGGUGACGGAUACGCGACGUAUGCAUUUUACAUUAGAUGGGGUGUCCACCAAGACCUUAACCCCAAGCAGCAGUGGUUCUACCAUUCCAUCCAUUCCUUUAACUUCAACAGUUUCAUCGAGUGCACCAUCUCCUUCACAAUCGCCAUUGCCACCGGACGACGAUUCCCUUCGGCAGCAGCGGAAGGAGGAACAGAAGGCACAGUUGGUGGCAGAGCAGCGGCGACGGAGGGAACUCCAACGUGAUGAACAGAUGCUCUUGGAGGAGGAGAGAAACCGUAUUUCCAGGGACACUCUCCAAACUCCAGGACAACUUACCGAAGAAAACCUUUCGAGACACGUUAGAGCUUCAGCCAACAUGGCGCCCUCGGGGGACCGAUCUGCUGGUUGGAAUGAUACCAUAAAUCCACUGAAGUCCCUUUCAAGUUACAACGACGACAGCUCGACAUACAUUGAUUGCGACGAUGUCAUUGAUUUGCACGAACUGGACCGUUUGUUCGAGUACUGCAAACGCCGAGAGAAGACGGCUGCUCCUGCAGAGGAGGCGGAAGUGCCGUUGGGGUACUCGAACGCAGACCAUUCGGUUGCACACGACAGCGGCUGCAGCACCAUUUCCACCGUUGUCCAGCCGCUGCACAAACCAAAGCAGCAACAGCGGUAUCCACUUGGUUCCCGUAGGUAUAUCGAGCGAAUUGUGCUGGCAGAACACUCCCAGCAGGUGGUUGCACUCAUGUGGCUGCUUGCCGAAUCAAUGCGUCAUGCGUGGCGUCUGCAGUUAAGACUUGCUCAGUUGUACACUUACUAUGUGCCGACGUAUCUACAAGCAGAGUCAGCACGUAGGGCAGCAUCUGCUGGUGCUGUUGGUGUGAACGCCGUGGAUGACGGGCAUGUCGGCGGUUGCGGCUGUGGUAAUCCCAAUGAUGAAGUGUUUGGUAUUACUCGAAACAAAUAUUACGCAUACUUCUGCUCGGGGUCAUUCGAUUAUGAAUACUACGUGUAUCAGUUCAAUCAGGAAUGGGGGGCAAUCUUUGCUGCUGUGAAGAAUUAUCUGGAACCCACAGGUUCGACAGCUGGAACUACGACGGUAAAUGGUGUCGAAUCUGUCGGAUGUGAGGGACCCGCACCUCGAGGGAGUGUUUGUUUUGUGGCUGCUUUACUUUACUCGAUGAGUCUCUUUGAACGACAAUGGGAGCUUCAGGUGGCGGUGCGGGAGGUUGAGCAGUGGGCGAAAAAAUGUUGGAGCCGGCUGAACCAAGCACUAGCGACAGAAUCGGAUGGAAAGAAAAUAUCAUCAUCCCCCUUUGGUGAAACUCAGAUUCUUGACGGCGGCAACGACGAUGGGGAGGAGAUUGAAGUGGCGUGGAGUAAAUGCCAAAAGGAACCAAAAGAUGAUGAAGCGAAGGAUGAAGAGGAAGAACAUGAAGAUGAGGAGAGCCAGAGGAUUUAUCUUCCGAUGGACUGGUGGCGGGCUCAGGACACAGAUGUUCAGGUGCAGGUUUCUUGGAACCGAAGAAGGCGGAAGAUGCGGCAGAUUCGGAUUAGUACAGCGGCGCUGCAGAAGGUCCGCUGUCUUGAGAACGCACCGCCGGUUGCCACCUCUUUGUAUCAUGCCCCGUCCGUCGCGGAACCGUUACCGGUGACGCUUGAGGCACUACCGAACGGCAGAAGCGAUGAGGAACCGGAUUCCCACCACGUGGUAAAUGUUGGGUGCUUCGGUUUCUCCUUCUUUUCUCCAUGGGAUUAA